AUGACCUCGCCUAGCGCGUCCACGACUCUGGGGAAGAGGAGAAGGAGCACUAGACUCACAGGUGGGCCACAACUGACGACACCAUCUAGGCUUGCCCUUGGGAGCAUUCAUACUGACACACUCCAAGAUGAGGAGAUCACACUAGGCCCUCUUGCCGUAAAGCGCACAAGACGCUCUCUCCGAAUUCAUCCAGAGAUCCAUCAUGAGCCCGACCACAUCCAAGCAGAGAAGGAGAAGGCCGCCUCACCACCAAAGCCGAUUGCCGACGACGUGGAGAAUCACAAGGAAAACCGCAAACCAUCAGAAGACAACAGCGAGGAAGUCAUCAAUGAGGCGGAGACACCAUCAAAGUCACUCCUAAGAAGGCGCAAAUCAAUCAUCGCCAGUCCGCCAAAGACCGCUCCAGUCACACCUUCCACACCGCGACAUUAUGAUGUCUUCGCAAAGGCAGCAGUCACCACUCCGCGCCAUCGCGUCAUGUCUGUCGGCAAGCUCUCCAGGCGCAUGACACCAAGCACACCCAUGACACCUGCGGCUUCUCAAACUGUCUACCAUCAAGCUCGUCAACUCUUCUCCCGAAGUGCGGAUCCCGGGGAACUCAUUGGGCGCGACGACGAGCGCGAGAAGCUCAACACUUUUCUGAAUCGCUGUACCACCGCACAUCCCAGCGGCUGCCUCUACGUCAGCGGACCUCCUGGCACCGGAAAGAGCGCGAUUGUCAAUAAUGUCACAGACAAGUUCGCAUCCGAGACGUCAACAGUGCGCAAGGCAUACAUCAACUGCAUGAGCAUCAAGUCCUCCAAGGAUCUCUACGUCACCCUUCUCGACCAGCUAGUCAGCCAAGAUGAGGACAAGGAGGAACUCUCAACCGAAAGCGACGUGGUGGCGGCACUUCAAAGGCUUAUUUUGCCCAAGAAAAAGACCCAGGACGUCUUCCUUGUGGUGUUGGACGAAAUCGACCACAUCCUCACUCUUGACCCCGAAAGUCUCUACAGCCUCUUCGAAUGGUCGCUCGAAAAGAAGAACUCGCACCUUGCCCUGAUCGGCAUCGCCAACGCGCUCGACCUCACAGACCGCUUCCUGCCGCGCCUCAAGUCGCGCAACCUCAAGCCUGAGCUUUUGCCCAUCCUUCCAUACACGGCGCCUCAGGUCAAGAACAUCAUCAUCACGCGCCUCAAGAGCCUGCUUCCCGGUGGAACACCCAAGGAUCCCAACUACAUCCCGUUCUUCCACCCAGCCGCCAUCGAGCUCUGCUCGCGCAAAGUCUCCAGCCAAACAGGCGACCUGCGUCGCGCCUUUGAGAUCUGCCGCCGCGCUAUCGACCUAGUCGAGUCCGAGACCCGUCUCAAGCACGAGAACGAAGUCAAAGAGCAGAUGCUACAAAUGUCUCCAUCCAAAAAGAGCGUCCUAGGCGAAAACACCAACCUCUCUGGUUCUGCGCCUUUAUCUUCACUCUUCCGGAGCAUCACCUCCACCGGAAAGCCCAGCGCGAGCGUUUCCGCCUCUCUGCUCAAAUCCCUGCAGGCCCUGACGCCCGCCACCGCGCCGCGCGUCAGCAUUGCGCACCUAAGCAAAGUCACUGCUGCAGCAUUCAGCAACGGCACCACGCAGCGCUUGAAGACGCUCAACCUGCAGCAAAAAGCCGCUCUGUGUGCUUUGGUCGCCAUUGAGAAACGGAACCGCGCUGCGCAGAGUGAAGCUCUUAACUCUGCAUCAGCCAGCUUCACCUCUACGACUGGCACCGGUACUCCAUCAAGGAAACAAGCCGAAACACCCAUUGCGCCUACAGUCAAGACUUUGUACGAGGCAUACACCAAGCUCUGCAAGCAGGACUCGCUUUUGCACCCGCUGUCAUCAUCCGAGUUCCGCGAGGUUGUCUCUUCCCUUGAAACUCUCAGCUUGAUCACGCCCGUGGAUGGCAAGACAGGGUCGUUUACUGCGCUGGGGUACAGUUCUCCGGGGGUGGGCACGCCGAAGAGGGGAGGCAAGAAGAAGAAGGAUGUUUUUGGCAUGGGAGGCGCUCUGGUGGCGGGCGAUGAGAAGAGGGUGGCUAGUUGUGUUGGGGAACGGGAGGUUGAGCAGACGUUGUUGAAGGAGGAUGGAGCGGGGACGGGGAUUUUGAGGGGGAUUUUGAGUGGCGAGGCUUUGGAUGAUUGA